AUGUUGGGAAACAAGCUAAGCAUCACCGACGUGAAGGACAUCAAGGGGAACAAGGUGCUGGUGAGGGUAGAUUUCAACGUACCAAUUGAGAAUGGAAUUAUAAAGGACACGAACAGAAUUACGGCUACCCUGCCGACGAUUCACCACCUGAAGAAGGAAGGAGCGUCUAAGAUUAUUUUGAUUUCUCAUUGCGGAAGGCCCGACGGUUCGAAGAAUCUCAAAUACACAUUAAAGCCCGUUGCAGAAACUUUAAAGAAGUUACUUGGGGAAGAAGUACUUUUCCUGAGCGACUGUGUAGGAGAAGAAGUAGAACAACAAAUCAACCAAGCCAAGGACAAUUCAGUUAUUCUACUUGAGAAUUUGAGAUUUCAUAUAGAAGAAGAAGGAAAAGGGGUAGAUGCAGCUGGAAAUAAAAUAAAGGCUAAUAAAGAAGACAUGGAAAUUUUUCAAAAUCAAUUGACCAAAUUAGGAGACAUCUUUAUUAAUGAUGCGUUUGGAACAGCUCACCGAGCACACAGCAGCAUGGUUGGAAUAAAAUUGAAUGUGAAAGCUUCUGGGUUUUUAAUGAAAAAGGAAUUAGAAUAUUUUAGUAAGGCUUUAGAAAAUCCCCAGAGACCUCUACUAGCUAUUUUGGGUGGAGCCAAAGUGUCAGAUAAAAUUCAAUUAAUAAAAAAUCUUCUAGACAAAGUGGAUAAAAUGAUAAUUGGUGGAGGCAUGGCUUACACUUUCAAGUAUGUUUUGAAUAAUAUGAAAAUUGGAGAUUCCCUUUUUGAUGAAGCUGGUAGCAAAAUUGUAAAUGAAAUUAUGAACAAGGCUAAGGAGAAAAAUGUACAAAUUUACCUUCCUGUUGAUUUUAAAGUAGCAGAUAAAUUUGAUAAUAAUGCCAAUACUAAAAUUGUUACUGAUAAGGAAGGCAUUGAAGAUCAUUGGAUGGGACUUGAUGCUGGACCUAAGAGUAUUGAAAAUUAUAAGGACGUCAUUUUAGGCUCCAAAACAAUUAUUUGGAAUGGACCCCAGGGGGUAUUUGAGAUGCCCAAUUUUGCAAAGGGAAGUAUUGAAUGUCUAAAUUUGGUCAUUGAAGCUACCAAGAAGGGAGCGAUAACCAUCGUCGGUGGAGGAGAUACUGCUUCGCUUGUGGAACAACAACACAAGAAGAACGAAAUUAGCCAUGUGUCCACUGGUGGAGGGGCUUCCCUUGAGCUACUAGAAGGGAAGGAGCUCCCAGGUGUUUUGGCCCUCUCGAGCAAAAAAGCUAGAUCUAUAAACAAAUCUGCGAAAGAACCCUUGCAGUUUUCUAGCGCAGCCGAGCUGUUCGACUUCAUACAGGACGAGAAGAAUGACGUGGAGAUAUUGGCCUGCAUCAUUAGCAACCUAUUGGGGAGUUUCUUCAAGUGCUUUUUCUAUGUGUCGGAAGUUUCUCUGGCCAAGUUGGAGAAUGGCUUCCCCUUUGACGGGUCUUCCAUCAAGCUAUGCGCAGAGGCAGAGGUCAGCGAUUUCUACAUAAAGGUGGAUGUGUCAACGUGUUUCAUUGAAAAGUGUGAUGGAAGGAACAUGGUAAAUGUACUAUGCGACAUCAAAAGGUAUAAUGGGUUUGACUUCUACAAAUGUCCUCGAACCAUUUUAAAAAAGACGUGUAAUUUUGUUAAGAAGGAAAAUAUAGCGGACAAAAUAUUCAUAGGAAAUGAAAUUGAGUUUUUCAUUUUCGACAAGGUCAAUUUUGGUCUUGAUGAUUAUGACAGUUAUUUGAAGGUCUACGACAGGGAAUCUUUUGCUUGUAAAAAUUGUUGCACUGGGUAUUCUUCCACAAGUAAUGGAGAUCAUGGUACUACAACCAGCCUGGCUUGCUCCACCUGCCCUAGUAACAUUCCAGCAAAUGAUGACAGUAAAAAGGUGAAAAAAAAAUGCGGCUAUUUUGCUACAGACCCAUAUGAUACUUCCAACAUAAUCAAGCUUCGAAUUUGCAGAAUAUUAAACAGCUUGAAUAUUCAUGUACAGAAAUAUCACCACGAAGUUUCGACUAGCCAACACGAGAUAUCUUUGAAAUAUUUUGAUGCUGUUAGGAAUGCAGAUAAUUUAAUCUUGACAAAACAGGUAAUAAAAAGUAUCGUACAUAAGUUCAACCGAACGGCUACCUUCAUGCCGAAACCUUUAGUAAGUGAUAAUGGAAGUGGCUUACACUGUAACAUUUCCCUCUGGAAAGACAACAAAAAUAUAUUCUUUGCUGAUGACCCCUCCACCUUUUUCCUUUCCAAAGAGGCCUUUUAUUUUAUGAAUGGAAUUAUUAAACAUGCCAAAGCGUUACAAGCCUUUUGUAAUUCCACCAUGAAUUCUUAUAAAAGGUUAGUCCCAGGAUUUGAAACUUGCCAGAAGCUAUUUUAUUCCUUUGGCUCCAGAAAUGCUGUUAUUAGGUUGUGUAUGAUUAAUUAUAACAAUCCAAAUGAAAAGCGAAUUGAGUUCCGACUUCCUGAUUAUGCCAAUUCUCCUCACUUAGUUCUGGCCGCCAUCAUCCUAGCAGGAUAUGAUGGUAUCAAAUCGAAGGAACACCCACUGGUGCCAUUUGAGAGUAAAGAUAACAACUUUUUUAUUUCCAGCAUUUUUUCCAAUUACGUUGAUAACGCACAAAAUUUCAAAACUCUCACACAUGCACUGGAGGGAUACGACACCAUUCAUGAUGUGAAGAAGAACCCAGAAUUUGUUGAUUUCUUCACUUGCAAGGAGCCCGAGAGCAUAUGCUUCUCUCUGGAGGAGAGUUUGGAUGCGCUAGAGAAGGACCACGCUUUUUUGACGCGGGACGGAAUCUUCACCGAGGAAGUCAUUGAGGAGUAUAUAAAGUUCAAGAGGGACGAAAUAGCGGGCUACAGGAGGAAGAUCACUCCGUACGAUUACUACUUAUAUUACGACUGCUAG